AUGGCAAGGAAAUCUAAAGCUAAACAGAAAGCAAUCCAGGAGAAAUCUCUUGUAGUUAAAGGGAAGGGUCCAUCUGAAUCUCAAGCUACGAAAGUAAGGCUAGUAGAUGAUAUCGUUGGCAUUGGAGCUGGAGGUGAUCAAAUGUCGAAUUUAGCUUCUGCUAUUGUUGGAAGUUCGACAGAAGAUUUGUCUGAUUCAAUUUUGCCUAAUUCGAAACCUAUUUGUUGUGUUGUCAAUUCUUCUACACAAUUUGCUAAUUCAAUUGUUAGUAAUUCAAAAUCAAUUGGGAAGAAUUAUGUUGUUGAGUUUGAGCAAGGUUCUGAAUCUGAGUUGCUACAGAAGCAAGUUAAAAGUGAUGAAGAAGCUUUUGAAUUGUACAAUGAGUAUGCUUUUAAGUUUGGUUUUGGUGUUCGUAAGGGUAAAACAAGGUGCAGGGUCAAAGAUGGUAGUAUUUGUAUGAGACAAAUGGCUUAUGUGCAAUUUCAUGUUGAUGAAGAUGGUGUUUAUACUUUGGUUGCACAUGUUAUGGGACAUAAUCAUGCAAUGGUCUCACUUCAUGAGCGUCAUUAUAUUAGGUCACAUAGAUUAGUGCGUUCUGAGCAGUUGGCAUUUAUUUCGAACUUGAAGAGAAGUGGAAUUCCUGUAGCAGAUGCUAUUCGGGUUAUGAGGAAAGAAGUUGGGGGUUCUCCUAACCUAGGGUUUAUUGCUAGUGAUGCCUAUAAUGCUCUUGCUGGUGAGAAGCUUAAAAGUAUUGAUUUUUCGGACUCAAAUCAGUUGAUGAAGUUUUUUGCACAAAGGCAAGCAAGAAUGAAUCAUCACACGAACAAUAUCAUGUUCGGAUGUGCUUUCUUGCUCAAUGAGAAAACUGAUUCAUUCGUUUGGCUAUUUGAUUCAUUUGUGAGAUCAAUGGGUGGAAAAAAACCAAUCACUAUGAUGACUGAUCAGUGUGCAGCAAUGGCAGCAGCAUUGAAAGUUGUUUUGCCAUCAGUGAACCAUCGUCUCUGUACUUGGCAUAUUGGUCAGAAUUCAAAGAAGAACAUUCCAGACUUGAGGGCACAAGAUGAUUUUGUUGAUGUCUUUAAUACUGUUUUGAAGUACAGUGAUACAAUUGCGGAGUUCGAAUUCUAUUGGCAAAGUAAGGAAAAUGGUCAGGAUUUCCAAUGUAAUAAGGGUAACCGACAUUUGACAUUUGCUCAUUUGAAGUUGUUGGAGCAUGCGAGUCAGAUUUACACAACUAAGGUUUAUAAGAUUUUUGAAGAUGAGUUUAUUAAAGGAACUGAGUGUGGUCAGAAGGUAUUUUUUCGUCAACAUCUCAUUGUUAUAUACCAUAUUGGUCGUCCUGAUGUUGAUUUGAUCAUGCAUCAAGUUGGUUACAAUGAAGUAACACAUCACAUUGAGUGCACUUGCAACUACUAUAGCGAGGUUGGGGUUUUGUGUUUCCACUCUCUUCGUGUUUAUCACUUGCAAUGUGUUGAUAAAAUUCCUGAUCAGUACAUUUUGGCGAGGUGGACACGAUCAGUUAUGUGCUCGAAAGUAGAAGAGAGGAAAGCUAGGGAUUCUGAUUCUGUGUCUUCUUCUGUUUGGAGGGCGCAAAUCACAAGGAAUUUUGUCCGUUUGAUAACAGCUAGUCAAUCUGAUCCUAAUGCAAGGUAUGAAUUAGAUCUUGCUUUUACUACCGCUAAGGAGAAAGUUGAGAGUAUUAUUGGUAAGGUUGGUGAAGCGUUGGUUGUGGAAUAUGUUGAGAGUGUUGGUGGUGUAAAAGUUGGAAAUCCAAAUCAACGACCAAAGUAUCAAAGUAAUAGUAGACUAAAGAGCAUUAUUGAGAAGAAAUACAAUCAGGCCAAAGGAUGGAGGAAGAAAGCUGCUGCAAAUGCCUUAAAAGUAAAGAAUAAUGCUCAAAUUGCUAUUAAGAUGAGUGUACCGGCUGGUUCCAAUAUAGUUCAUCCUAGUACUGGAUCUCAACUUAAUCAAUGUGGUGUAGAUGAAUAUUUUGGAGUUACUAUUACAACAACGACUAAUUUGUAA